CUUCACCUGCAGCUGCUGGAUGACCAAAGUUAGAAUAUUUCUCGGUAUUUGCUUCUGAUUCCAGAGUCACUUGGUUUUUUCCUGUGUGGGUGUUUCUCUGUUUCUCGUCUUCCUCUCAUAUAUGAGGAUUAAUAUGUUCCCCAUCCUGUUUCUGCUUCUCACAAACCCGUUAUCUGAAGCUGAACAUCUCGUGCAGCGGGCAGACCGACGCCAUGACAGAGGAGAAAUGUCCCCAGCUGGUGGACUACUUUGUAGUGGCAGGUCUGGACCCUGAUGGGGCCUGGAGGCCCCUGGACGAGGAUGGUAAAACCUCGUCGUCCUCCUCCCCCUCUUCCUCAGUCUCUUCCUCGUCCUCGUCCUCGUCGGGCCGAUCGGUGGAGUCGGUGACGGACCUGGCGGUGAUCGCGCGGGGGCUCGGGGAGGAAGUGCCGGAGGGCUUCACCUGCAUCGAGCGGACGCUGGGCGGACACUCGGCCGAGCUGAGCGCCGGCCUCAUCAACAACCCUCACCUGUACCUGUGCUACCGCCGAGGACGAGACAAACCGCCCAUCCUGGACCUGGGCGUCCUGUAUGAGGGGAAGGAGCAGCUGAAGCAGGGCUGGUACGUCAUCGACACCACGCCCUACAGCCGCUCAGCCAGCCUGAGCUCCGGCGGUGCCCCGACGGCCCACAGGGUGUUCCUGACGUAUCGGCGGGCUCUGGACUCGCAGGGCCUCCACAUGCUGGGCGUCACCGACAUCGCCCUGCUGCUGCCCAGCAAAGGAGAGGUCGCUCCUCACACCUUCUGCCGCGUCGACAAGAACCUCAACACCGGCAUGUGGGGUCCGGCUCUGUAUGUGUGCUACAAGAGAGCUGUGGCCAAAGCCAACGCCCUGCUCUACAAAGCCAGUCUGAUCAGCCGGUACCCGGAGGAGGAUCUCGAGGCCUUUCCUCUGCCGGAGUCGGUGCCGGUCUUCUGUCUGCCGAUGGGCGUCACCGUGGAGAGCUGGCCUCUGAACACCAAGUACCAGCUGCCCGUCUUCUCCACCUUCGUCUUCACCUCCGCCUCCGGGGACAAGGUUUACGGAGCGGCCAUCCAGUUCUACGAGUCCUUCUCCAGGGAGCAUCUGUCGGAGCGGCAGAGCGUGAGGCUCGGGCUGCUCAGCGUGGUCGACCGCCGUCCGAUCACCAACCGCAGUCUGCAGGUGAAGAAGAGCAUCUGUGUCCUCUCCCAGUGGCCCUUCUUCACCGUCUUCCAGAAGUUCCUCACCUUCGUCUACAGAUACUCCAUCUCCGGACCCCACGUCCUCCCGCUCGAAAAACACAUCUCCAGCUUCAUGCACAACGUCCCGUUUCCUUCGCCCCAGCGGCCUCGCAUCCUCGUUCAGCUGUCUCCGUAUGAUAACCUGCUGCUGUGCCAGCCGGUGUCCUCUCCUCUCCCCCUCAGUGGUGCUAGCUUCCUGAAGCUGCUGCAGAACCUCGGUCCAGAAAACGCCUGCACGCUGCUGCUCGCCGUCCUCACCGAACACAAACUGUUGCUGCACUCGCUCCGGCCCGACGUCCUGACCUCCGUCAGCGAGGCCCUCGUCUCUAUAAGCUUCCCCUUGCGCUGGCUCUGUCCCUACAUCCCUCUGUGUCCGCUGCAGAUGGCCGACGUCCUGCUGGCGCCGAUGCCCUUCAUCGUCGGCGUCCACUCCAGCUACUUCGACCUGUACGACCCCCCCACCGAUGUGGUGUGUGUCGACCUAGACACCAACACCAUCUUCCAGUCAGACGAGAAGAAGCCGCUGUCAUGGCGAUCGUUACCCAGAAAGCACGGCAAGACUCUGUUCAACACCCUCACCAACCUCCACAAGACCCUGGAGAAGAUUUGCACUCCUGGCCAGGAGGAGGCGACGUUGGAGUUCCUGUUGACCGACUACGAUCAGAUCUACAGGAGUCAGAAGCAGCUGGAGCUGGAGAUCCAGGAGGCAUUCCUUCGCUUCAUGAGCUGCCUGCUGCGAGGAUACCGAACCUUCCUGCUGCCCAUCACCCAGGCACCGUCGGACACCACCACCGACUGCAGCUCCCUCUUCAACCUGCAGGGUUUCCUGAAGUCUCGGGAUCGAACGCAGCAGAAGAUCUACAUUCAGCUGACGAGGACUCAGAUGUUUACUCAGUUCAUUGAGGAGUGUUCCUUCGUCAGCGACCGACAUGCCUGCCUCGAGUUCUUUGAUGAGUGCGUCCAAAAGGUGGACGUUGAAAAGCCGGAGGAAGUGAGGCUGAUCGAUCUGGAUGAGACUCACAGUGGAGAACACACAGUCUUCAUCAUGCCUCCUGAGGAACCACAGGGACCUGACGGGUCAGAGUGUCCCGCCCUCUACAGUUAUGAAACGUUCCCGGUCCUGAAGCUGGAGCUCUUUGACCGGCCCCAGGACCAGCUCCGAGUCCCUGCUAAGGGCAGCGCCCCCAGCAGCCCCGCACCCCGCCGCACCAAACAGGAGAUCAAGUUGGCCCAGAAGCGAGCCCAGAAGUACUCUGCGGUGCCGGACAUGUGGUCCAAGUGCCUGCUGGGUCACUGCUACGGCCUCUGGUUCAUCUACCUGCCCACCUUCGUUCGGGCGGAGACCGCCAAGGUGCGCGCGCUGCACACGGCCUACGACGUCCUCAAACACAUGGAGAACCGCAAGGUGGUGCUGCCGGACGAGGUGUGUUACCGGAUCCUGAUGCAGCUGUGUGGUCAGUACGGUCAGCCGGUCCUCGCCGUUCGAGUCCUUCUGGAGAUGAAGAAGGCUGGAAUCACACCCAACACCAUCACUUACGGAUACUACAACAAGGCCGUGCUGGAGAGCAAGUGGCCGUCCACCAGUCAGGGAGGACGUCUCCGCUGGGCCAAGCUGAGGAACGUCCUAUUGGCUGUGGCUCAGUUCAGGCAGCCAAUCAAACGGUGGCAGAAGUGCGGAUCAAUGGGGUCACGAGGAGAAACGAUGAUGGACUCUGAUCAGAGGCCCCGCCCCCUCUCCACUCUGAUUCGUCAGUCCAGUUGGAGCGGUCUGUCUGAAAGCUCCAGUCACGAGUCUCUGACGGGCUCGCUGAUGAAGAGUAGCAGUCUGAACAGCAUGAAGAUGCCAACUGACAAGGUGAAGUUCUGUAAGAAGGCCGUCCUCCGUAACGCAGGGACCAACGUCUCCCGUAAGCCUCCGAUGGGACCCAGAGACACCUGUACGCCGCAGCCGCCGCCACUGCCCUCCGGUGGCGUUCUGGUUCGGCGGAGUCAGGUCUGCCUCUCCACCUUCUACAGAGAGUGUGCCGAGUCGGCCGACUCGGAGCCGGACUGCAGCUGCCAGCCGGCAGAGAGAGACGGCAGACCUGUCGGGACGCGAGACUCAACCGGCAGAAAUAAAGCAGUAGACGAGAACUACAACAACGUCUCGUCUCCGAGCCGAGGAGGUCUGGCAGGGAAACUCCAGCAGCUUCUCACGCCGACGAGACAUCGAGUGUCUGUUCGCCGAGCCGCCAGUGUGGACGACCGGCGACCCGGAGGAGGAGGAGGAGGAGCAAUAGGACGAAGAGUGUCUGAACAGAGGCAGUCCAGGAAAGCUCAAGUGGCUGAAACUCUGCUGAAAGCCAAGGAGAGGCUGGUCAGCGCUACCUCAGAGAGUUCGUUGUCUGUAGGAAGUGACCUCGACUUGACGGACACGCCCAGUCCAGCCUAUCCUCUGCGCCGGUCCUGGGACGCCAACCAAGACGGGACAGGGCUCGAGGUGCUGAUGUCCAGCUGCUCUCUGUGUCGCAGCUGUAACUCGUUGGUUUACGACGAGGAGAUCAUGGCCGGCUGGACGUCGGACGACUCCAACCUGAACUCGUCCUGCCCGUUCUGUGGCGCGUCCUUCGUCCCCUUCCUGAACGCUGAGAUCUGUGACCUCGGACCUGUCGGCAGCGUGGAGCGCACCAACUGGAACAUGGAGGACGAGGUGGAGAGCGCCGUGAGGCCCCCCAGUGGUCAGGACGCCGGCCUGCGACACCAGUGUAACGGUCUGAGUGAAGACUCCAGCUCCGAGACCAGCAGCUACUCAGAAAACAGCAGAACCACCACGGGCUCAUCGUUGGGCGGCGCCCCCCAGGUGACGGUGGCCUACCUGAGCCCUCUGGUCCUGAGGAAGGAGCUGGAGAGUCUGCUGGAGAACGAGGGCGAGGCGGUCCUGGCCCAGCCUCAGUUCCUGGACAACCACUCCAUCAUCUUCUGGAACCUGGUCUGGUACUUCCAGCGCCUCGGUCUCCCCAAUAACCUGCUGCAGCUGGUCAGAGCCUCGCCGCUGGUCAGCCAGCUCACACAGUCGGAGAACUCGGCCGUGCGGGUGAGGCUCCUCUGGGACACCCUGACCCCCGACACCGAACAGUGGCCUCCCCUCUACAUCCUCUGGAGGAUCCACGGUGGCAUCCCGAUGAGGAGCUACAGCUGGCGGAAACACAACCACCCGUUCACGCUGGCCUUCCUGGAGGAGGUGCUGCGCUGGGUCGGCAUGAACGAGGUGCACAAAGCCGUCACCCUCUUCCUGGACACGCUGGCCAAACAGCCGGGCGCCGCCCGAACGCAGAGGAGUUUGUACAGAGAGUUCCUCUUCCUCACUCUGGCAGCGAUGGGCAAAGACCACGUCGCUGCGUUUGAUAAGAAGUACAAGGCGGCGUACUCGCGGCUCAGCAGCACUCUGGGUCGAGAGGAGCUCCGUAAGAAGCGAGCUCAGCCUCCCAGCCCCAAAGCCGUCGACUGCAGACGCAGCUUCCACCCGCCGCUCGAAUGCUGACGGCGUCCUCGAUGAGUCCUGCAGCACUGAUCCCUGUGAGGGGUUGACGAGGAGAACCGGUAAACCCAGGACCCCCGCUGCCUUCCUCUGCUGUUCUCUUCACCUCUCUGCUGCCUCCUGGUGGACGUCAGGGGGGACGGGGAUAACCACUAAACCCGCUGCCUUCCCCUGCUCGUUCUCUUCACCUCUCUGCUGCCUCCUGGUGGAUGGCGGAGUGACACGCUCCUUCCUGCCCUCUGUAGCUCCGUUUGCCUCGUCGAUGUCAAUCCAGCAGCUCUUUGUCUUCAUCUAAGAUCCUGAAAGUUGAUCCGGCUGCAACAGACGGAGCUGAUCUGGACUCUGCAGACUGCGCAUCCUGAGCCACGGUCUAUGCAUCGGUCUGCAACGUCUGAAGGAAGCUGGGGUUGGUGCAUGUCCAGACUGAUCCGCUGUGUCGCUGUCAACAGUUUGUUUUUCCCUGUUUUUUAAAAUCCAAAUGAUUAAAACCAGAUCAGAAGGAAUCUUCUGGAGGACUUGGGAAAGUUUUAAUGCAAGUAUGAUGUCAGAUUUACCGUUACCAGUGUGACCACGACGACAGUUCAGAUUUUACUUUGAAUAAGCUGCAGCAGCAGAGCGUCCAAGAAACACGACCCAGAAGGAACCUUCAGACGUCUGGUCGUCUCUCCAUCAGUCUGUGUUGAUCAGGGCGCUGUGGCUGUAAAAGGGAAAAUAAGUCAGAGACAAAUGUUCAUUUAUAAAACAGACAGUCGAGGAAACCAGCAAAAAAUGAAGCUGAGAUGUUAAACUCCCUGAAACGUCUGAAUCUCUGUGUGAAGCUCCUGAGAGGUUGAAAGAGUUGGAUCUUUACUGAGAGGUGAAAAGAGUCGAAUCUCUACUGACUGAACCGAAGAAGCAGAUUUAAAAACCCUCCAACACUCCCUGAAGUCUUCCAGAGGACAAAGACUGUCUGACAGUUAACACAUUCAAGGUCUUGGACUGGUUCCUGUGAGAUCAUGGUGACGCUGCCAUUGUCAUUGUCAUUAUCAUCAUCAUCAUCAUCCCUCCAAUCAGGAAUUCUUCCUGAACUUCAACGAAACAACAUCCGCUUUGGUUAUAUCAUAAGUUGGUCAGGUCAGAAGGUCAGGAGGUCAGAAGGUCAGAAGGUCAGGAGGUCAAGGACACAUCGACCCCGACACUGAAAGAAACAACCAGGACGCUCUCAGCAUCGACUCUGACCUCCUGAAAAUAAUAAUUCACCAGAUUAUUGUUUAAUGAUUCGUCUCAGCCAUGUUCCCAACCUCCAUGUCUCUGUUCACCCAGCAGUUCUCACAUAAUUAAUAAAUAAUUAAUAAUAAUUAAUAAUCUGUACCUGAGCCAGACAUAAUUAAUAAUAAUUAAUAAUCUGUACCAGAGCCAGACACCUAGAAUAUAUGAUGCACAACAGGUCACGCCGCUUCACUUAAACCGUGGACGGGACGCCGGUGUCUGCUGGGACUGAUGGCGUCAGGGCUCAGUGAUGUAGAACGUGUCUUCCAGGUCAUACUGGUGCAUCAUCACUUCAACAGUGUUUAAUCUGCCAUCUGAACCAGACUCAGAUCAUAGAAAUCCUCCUGACAUCGAUGAAUCACUUCACGUUUAAUAACCUUAAUGAAAACAGGAAGUGUGGUACAGAGAUUAAAUUAAAAGAAGAUUAUAACCGGAUAGUUUCCUGCUGCAGCAGCCGGGCGGCCCGAAGCAAAAAACACUGAAUCUUUAUCUGUGAAAAUAUCGACUGAAAGUUAAAAAAAAUGUAAAUCUACUGUUUUUAAAUGUGACGGCCCAGUUUUAGAGAGUGAAGGCUGUUUCAGAGAAACACGCCUCGCUGUAUGUUUAAAUGCACCGGACUGCAGUUCUUUCACCGUUAAAUAGAAGGGAAUUUCACUGGACCUUGGUGUGUUGCAGUUUAUUUUAUUUGUUGCUCAGAGGAGACAAGUCUAUUUAAAAUAGGUCUUUGUGUUUGCUGUUGUAAUUUAUAUCCGGUUGUGAUUUCACUUUUUUUAAGAAAACACAAAAAUAAAAGACAGGGAUGAACCCAAAAA